ACCAACAAGCUUGAGCGUAGAAGAAGAAGGAGAGAAGCAGGAAGCAGCAGUGACAGGCAGUAGACGUGCUUAGAGACAGAGAGGAAAGAUCAUGGAGAGACAGCUCGAAGCUCUCUCGCUCAACGAGGGAACCCCAGGAAAAGCCGCAGACGGAGUCGGCAACUCGACAACACAGCAGGCGGUCAAUGCAGCCUCUCCCUCUACUGCUGUGGCUCCCGUUGUAUCAAGCUCGCCAAGCAGUAGCAGUGGCCAGCACCUGGCGCUCGGUGCCAUCAAUGCAGCUCGCAGACCAACACAGCAGGCGCCACCGAAUAUGGCCAAUAUGUCGCCCGAAGUACUUGCCAGGAUAGCAGGCUUUGCUGGACGAGCGAAUCGGACAAAAGGUCCGCCCGCAGCAGCAGGCGCAUCAGCACCCAUCACACCUGCAGUGCCGCCCAUGUCGAGCAUUGCCGGUGGACUGGCUGCGAAACGGGCUGCGAAUGCACCGCAACUCAAAGUAGGCGGUGGCCUUGCUGCUCGACGUGGUGGACUGAAGCUUUCUGAUAUGGCAGGACCUACCUCGGGGCCCAAGCCGAGCGACCCUCACCAGAACAACUUCAGCAAAUACUCCGAUGUCUUGGAUACGGCGACUGGAUCGCUCAAAUUCAAGGGAGCUGUAUUAUCUAGCGAGGGUGUCAACUUUGGCAACGGCCGCGAAUUCAAGGCCUCCAUCGACGACUUUGAGAAGCUCGAAGAGCUCGGUCGUGGCAACUAUGGCACAGUCUGGAAAGUGGUGCACAAGCUCACUAAAGUACAGAUGGCUAUGAAGGAGAUUCGUUUGUCGCUGGAAGAAUCGGUUUUCUCCUCCAUUGUCAUGGAACUCGACGUGCUGCACAGGGCGGCGUGCCCUGAAAUUGUUGAAUUCUUUGGUGCAUUUUUUGUUGAAGGUUGCGUCUAUAUCCUCAUGGAGUUCAUGGACUGCGGAUCGCUGGAGAAGGUCUACACCACCAAUGUCGAUGAAGGUGUCCUAGCUAAGAUUACCCUCGCCACUGUGCGAGGACUUCGCACCCUGAAGGAUCAGCACAACAUUAUCCACCGUGAUGUCAAGCCAACCAACAUCCUGCUCAACUCAAAAGGCGAAGUCAAGCUUUGUGACUUUGGAGUGAGCGGCAACCUUGUGGCAAGCAUUGCAAAGACCAAUAUUGGCUGUCAAUCAUACAUGGCACCAGAACGCAUCAAGAGCGAAAACGCCUCAUCUGGACCGGCGACCUACACUGUACACUCGGACAUCUGGUCACUCGGUCUUUCCAUUCUCGAACUGGCCAAGGGAGGCUACCCGUACCCGCCAGAGACUUACAAUAACAUCUUUGCUCAGCUGCAAGCCAUCUGCGAUGGUGAACCGCCUGAUUUGCCCAAGGACGUUUACUCAAAUGAAGCGCGCGACUUUGUUCGGCAGUGUCUCAACAAGGUGCCCACAAACCGCCCGUUGUACUCACAGCUGUUGCAACACCCUUGGAUGGUCAAGUGGGCAGCAGCCGAGGUGGACAUGGCUGGCUGGGUCCAGACUGCAUUAGAACAAACACGACUGGAGCGGGCUCGGGGAACGGUCAAGCAACAGCCAGCGUUGCACUCAUUCAACACUCAACAAAAGGUGUAGGCAAUUUGCAUUA